AUGGUAAUAGCAGCAUCAGUAGUGAACGUGGACGAGUUGAGCGGGAUGAGCAGCAGCAGCUCAUCGAGCAGUGGUUUGGGCAGCAGUGCCAGCUUUCACCUACCCAAGGAUUUUCGAACGAGUGGGGUUGGCGCCAGCGCAAACCACAACGAUAGCAUGGCGUUGGAAGAGAUUGUGUCCGACUUGUAUCCUCUCGGCAGUCCGGAUCGCAAACCGAGUACUGCCACUGCGGCCGUCUUGGAAGCUUCCUUGUCGGCGUUGGAUCAUACUAAUCCUAAUCCUACUCGUACUAGUAGUGCUGGUCGAGCGGGUGUCAGCAACAGCCGCACGAGUACGGGUGUGCGCAGCAGCAGUGCAUCAACGGCUGUCUACAGCAAUGGCUAUCAUCAGCAUAAUCAUAAUCAGCAUAAUAAUGGCCGCCACCAUCGACGAUCGGGCAAUCCCAGUGUGGAACAGUAUCCGGAGGAUGAACUCGUGGUCAAUAAUUUUGACAGAACCAAAAAUGCAUCGCGUUUGGAACGGUUCCAAUUGGCGCAUCAUCGAUCGGGCCUUGGCGAAUCGCAAAUAGCGACCCGCAAUUUGACAGGUCUCGAUAUGAGUCGUCAUCGCGCCCACGAACAGACCAAAGCCAAAGUCGUGCGGGCCGCACAAGUCUUGGGCUGUAUUACCUGUCUCUUAAUUGUGACGGCCAUUACGUUGGCCAUUGCCAUUCCACUGCGCAAUAAUUCGCAAAGCAAAGCGGGAAUGGAUGACACUGCUGUCGCUGGCGCCGCCAAUAAUGGAAACAAUCUCUUGAUCUAUGACAGCAAUGGAACGCUCCUGUCGUCCAAUGGUACUACUGCAGAGCAACAACAACAAGAUGCAUCCACUACCAAUGAAAAGGACAACCAAUUGUGGUUUUCCGGAUACAACGCGACGAAUGUGCGUCUCCAGAGCACCGUGCGGUCCAAUUAUACGCAAGUAGCACUGGUGACACGAUCGGCCACGGGUGCCAUUUUGCAAUUGGGCGAACCCAUUACGGGCGCCCAUUCCGUGACACUCUCGCGCGAUGGCAAUCGAUUUGCCGUCUUGGCGACGCAAGGACCACAACAACGAGAUUUUCUCGAAGUUUGGGAAUGGCAAACACCACCGCCUCCCACAACGUCUCCCACAAGCAGCACUAGUACGAGCAGCAGCAGCAAUACCACCAACACGAAUACGACGACCACGUCCUUUCCGUGGUCUUGGCAACAAAUGGGAUUUGGCAUUUCCGUUGGAGGAUCUUCCUCUUCUUCUGCUGCGACUACUACGACUACUACUACUAGUCCUUCGACGACGACCGCUUUGGCACGCAAUGGAUAUCUCAUUGCCGGACACGAACGUGUCUUUUACUGGAAUCAAUCCAAGACAACAAACACGGAAGAAUGCACUACUACUACUACCACUACGACAGCUACGACUUCUCGAAGUGCCGCUCAAUGUAACGAAGGCAACAACUGGCAGUUGCAAGGAGGAACUGUAGUGGAUACUACCAAUGCGAAUCAACCAUGGGCCAGUGUCGCGUUGAAUGCCGAUGGCACUCGUCUCGUCGCUGUGGGUGCCAACGAUCAUGUCGUGCGCGUCUACCAGUUUUCAUCGACUCGUCGGUGGGAACCCCUAGGAGAUCCGUUGCGACUGCAAGAUGGACAAGGGUUACCCCUCCAACCCGCCCAAUGCGAUGUCAGCAUGUCCGCCACAGGCGAUCGGAUUGCCAUUGGAACGCGACAACGCGAUACGGCCGGGUACGUGCACGUCUUUAAGUGGCAAGGUAGCGAGUGGAUGCCCAUGGGAUCCAAUUUUUGGGCCGCCACCGUGGCAUUGUCGGCCAGUGGAAAUCGGGUCGUGUUGGGAGGACCUCAAGCGGCCGUUACGGUCUACGAUUGGACGGGGGGGAGUAGUAAUAGUACGAAUGAGAAUGACGACGACAAGUGGGUUCAGGUGGGAUCCACAUUGUACGGUCGGAAGGAAGACGAUGUCUUUGGAUACAGUGUUGCUACGACCGACGAUGGGACCAAGUUUGUGGUGGGAAGUCUCGAACAAUCAUCCUCCGAGUCAGCAACGGGAUAUGUCCGCGUCUACACGUGGUCCGACGGACUCGCCGAUUGGGAACAAGUAGGAGGCGAUGUCAAUGGCGUUCCGGGAAUCGACGAUGGAUUCGGGUCUCGGGUCGAUAUUGCCAAAUUCAAUGGAAAUCGUAUUGCUGUCAGUACGCACAAACAAACGAGUGCUGGAGGCGCCACUACUACUACUAGCGCCAAUACCAAGGUGUUUGCUGUCAUUGCCAAACCCACCCUGGUCAUGGGGAAUCGGUAA